GGAUUUUUCACCUUAAUUAGCUUGAUAGAAACACAAAAUGCACUAGGAAAAAUAAUGAGAAAAGAAACGUUGUUAAAAAAUGAAAGUAAACCUGAUUUUAUUGGUCUCUCCACACCUCUAGUCCUGCAUCCAACACCUCUGGUCCUGCAUCCAACGCCUCUGGUCCUGCAUCCAACGCCCCUGGACCUACAUCCAACGCCCCUGGACCUACAUCCAAUGCCCCUGGACCUGCCUCCCGCACCCUUGACUCUACCUUCAACAAUCCUGGCUCUGCCUCCCGCACCCUUGACUCUACCUUCAACAAUCCUGGCUCUGCCUCCCGCACCCUUGAC